UGCAAAGUAAUUUAUUUUUUAUAUGAUUUGCAUAUUCCAAAGAAAAUAUAUUUACACAAAAAUCUUGUUACUUAAAGCAAUUCUUGUUCAAUAUUCAAUAUAUUAUUAAAAAUAACUACAUCCUAAGUACGCAAGACAGCAGUAGAAAAUGGAGUCUGGUGGAGAUUGGUGUCUGAUUGAGAGUGACCCUGGUGUUUUUACACAACUGAUUAAAACAUUUGGUGCAAAAGGAGUACAAGUUGAAGAAUUGUGGACCAUCGACAAUGGCAUAUUUGAAAAUUUAAGGCCUGUGCAUGGACUCAUAUUCUUAUUUAAGUACUUACAACAUGAAGAGCCAGCUGGUCCUGUGGUCACGGACAAUCGUUUAGACAAGAUAUACUUUGCUAAACAGGUAAUAAAUAACGCGUGUGCUACACAAGCUAUUAUUAGUUUGUUGUUGAACUGUGCACACCCUGAUGUGGAUAUUGGUCCAGAACUCACAAAACUAAAGGAAUUCAGUAUGUCAUUUGACCCAAUAAUGCGAGGAUUAUCACUCAGCAAUUCUUCAACUAUUCGGACGGCUCAUAAUUCUAUGUCACAACAAGUGUUUUUUGAGAUUGAUCCCAAAACUGCAUCUAAGGACGAUGAUGCAUAUCACUUUGUAGGCUAUAUGCCAAUUGACGGCCGAUUGUAUGAACUGGAUGGUCUUCGAGCAGGGCCUAUUGAUCAUGGUCCCAUAGGUCCAGGACAAGACUGGCUUGAUGUUGUCACACCCAUCAUUAGGAGGAGGAUCAAUGUAUAUACUGAAGGAGAAAUACGCUUCAAUCUGAUGGCUUUAGUCUCAAACAGAAAAAUGGUAUAUGAGCGUCGUCUUGACGAGCUUCUGUCUGAUACAUUCGAUGGCACAAACUCUGAUGCAGUAGACACUGACAUACCCAAUCUCAGAAUGUUAAUAGAAUAUGAAGAUGUAAAGAUGGCGCGCUAUGAGCAGGAGAUGAUUCGAAGACGCCACAAUUAUUUACCAUUUAUUAUAGUUCUUCUUAGGAUUUUAGCAGAACAGAAUUUGUUGGUACGGUUAUAUGAGGAAGCUAAGGAACGCGCAGCUCAGAAGGGACAGAAGAAAAUAUAACACGAAGUCACAGGCGGAUUGAAGGUAGAACGCGUGCGAGGACCUCGCCGCGUCUCCCAGUCCAGCCCCUCACGUGUGUUGCGUGCAUCUGAAGAUAUGCAAUAUACAUUAGCCGAUUUAGAUUCCGUGUACCGUGAAACCGAUGACAUACAACCAAGCUUCAAUCUAGAUGAUAUGGAAAUAACACCACUGGAGUUACCCACAAAUCCACAUAACACAUUUGUACCACCCCAACUAAGUACCUGUCAAGAAAUUAAUGAUGAUGUAGUAUCAGAAAUUGAAGAAGUGUUGAUAGAUGACACCAUUGAAUCUGAAAUUAUUCUUGGUGAUGAUGAUGAUCCAGAUACUCCAGAUCUGCAAAUAGAUGAAUCAUUUUUUGAUCUGCAGGAUUCUCCAACAGAUCGGAUGGAAGAAUAAUUUUCUGUUUUAAUGUACAAUACAUAAACUAGUGAUAUAUACGCCUUUGUAAAGAUAUUGAAUAAAAUUUAGUAAAUUUUUGGCAGCCAUCGUACAAAUUUAUCUUAGUGUUUAAAGUAACAAUAUUAUUGUAAAUAAAUACAUACUGUUACUAUAAGAAUGUAAAAGAGCAAUAAUUUCGAUUGUUAUUUCAAAUUAGUGUCUGUCUUACUCUGAUAUUCUUGAACACUUUGUUCAGAAGGAUGGUUACUGCUACAGAACAGCCUGCCUCUUAGAUCUGUCGUACAUUAUGAUUAUACUGACAGGUUAGAAAAAUAUUGAUUAAAAGUUGAUUAUAUAAAUUUAUUUUCUGCUUAUUUAAAAGCCACUGUUGAAUGACGCAUUGUUAUUUAAAUUAAUAGAUAGUAUAUUAUAAAACAGGUUAAUAAGUGUGUAAGUACACAGUUAUUCAGAUGUUAUCGUUGCUGAUUAUAUCAAUUAUAACUAAAGUAUUCCCUGUGUUGUAAGAAAUUGCAGUAGAUAAAUAAUAUGUUCUUUUAUGCUCGUUGGUAUUUACUAUAUUCCUUCGAGUGCAUAUGUUCAAUACUAUAGGUACAGUAUUAUUGAACAUAAGCACUGAUAACAAAUCAAAAUAAUAUAAAAUUUGUUUAGAAUUAAGUUUUCCCGUUUUUCAUGUUCUUACUCAUUUUUAUUAUAGCAAUAUUGUUUCUUUACUUCAGACGUCUUUAAAAUUAGUAAGCACUUUUUUUUAUUUUAAUAAUUCCUUGUAACAUUGCAUUGGGAUUAACGUAUAGAAGCACUUGGCUAAUAUGCCAUUAGCAACUAUGAAUGAUACUACAAUAAAAUAAAUAUUAUAUAAAU